AUGGACUGGUUCAGGCAAGCAAAGGCCAACAGGCCGUUUACCAUACUCCCCAGCACCUCUUCUGGAAGGUUGACCCUGUCUGGAGAGAAUCAUCGUCGUCUGAAGACUGAGAUCUCUAGGAUGAAGGAGAAUCUGAGGUUCAUGAAGAGAAUGUUGGCUGUUCCAGCUCUGCUGCUGACCACUCUGGAGGAGAUGAACCCACAAGAGCUGAAGACAUUUCAGUCUUUCCUGACUAGUGGCCUGCUGCCUGACUGUCCUCCCAUCCCAGAGAGUCAGCUGGAGAACGCUGACAUACAGGUCAUAGUGGGUCAGAUGGUGAAGACAUACGGCCCUGAGAGAGCUGUGGAGAUCACACUGAGGAUCCUGAGGGGGAUGAAGCGGGUAGACCUAGCAGAGAAGUUAGAGACAGAUCACAGAGGAGGUACUGCCUCAACCUCUCACCUGCCCUUAUUCCCACCGAGGCCCCGAUCCGUCCUCUCCCCUGUGGGGUUACCCCCCAUUUCCCCCCUUCUCUCCAGAUCCUCCCCCUCCUUUGGCUCGUCUAAGGAGUUGUUGUGGUUAACUUCUGCUGGUAGCUCAGGACAGUUCAGGUCACAGGAAACCCCAAAGCUGGAGAUGGACUGUCCUCCCAUCCUAGACAUCCCACUGGAGAUGGCUAACAGUGUCAACACAGAGGUAGCUGUGAACACCCAGGAGAACAUCCAGAGGAUGGACGAGGAGUUGGGAAGAGAAAGGGGUUCUCCUCUCUUCCUGGAACACCAUCACAUGAGUUCUCCAGAUGAAUUUACACCUGAAAUCCACGAUCAGGACAACAGGAGAGAAUACCAGUUCCAGUGCCCCAGUGCAGGUAUGUUCCAGUGCAGUAUAACAGGCCUGGUGUUUAGGAUGGAGGGAGAGGGAGAGGUGCUCUAUAGGACAGUCCCCUGGGACAGGAGGCUUCUAGCCCAGAGAGGCAAGAGACCUGCAGGACCCCUAUUCAAGUUUACAUGCCUUAAGGGGUCUGUCUGUCAACUACACCUCCCACACUGUGAGAUUCAUUCUGAGGGUGGAUGUGACUUCCUGUCUGUAGCCCAUGUGACUGAUGAUGACAGUACGGAGUUUCUCCAUCCCCAUGAGACAACAGAAACUCAUGUCAUAUUAAACAUCAAUGGAUUCAGCAAAUAUGGCAUCACCAAGGAUAAGGAAGCUCCUGUCUCUCCUAUCCGUGGUCUGGUGCUACUAUUUUACCAACUCCCAGAUGAUACAAAUAAUUCUACCCUAAAUGUGUUGUUGCUGCCUAGAAAUGUUGACAUUGAUGAGGUGUGUAAGACAAGGAGGAGAAGGAAUGGAGACAGAGAAAUCUACAUUGAAAGAAAUCCCAACUGUAGACUAACCCCGGACCAAGAAUACACCCUCUCCACCGAUCUUACAGAUGAACAUCACAUAGAUCCAGAGGAUGCAGAGUUUGUGGAUUAUGAUUCCUAUACAAACUACAUGCCAACAUUUCAGUUGGAUUUACAAACUGUUAUUAAAAAAGUGAAUCUUCUUCUGAAAGAACAUGACGGUCCUGAAAAUGAACGUGUAUGGAACCGCCUUGUUUCACUACCAGCCUCACCAACAGAAGUGAAGUCUACAGUUACACCACAUGGUGGCGCUACAGCAGGGACAACAACAAAUGUUUCUUAUCUGCUGCUGGGCACUCUGGCAGAGCUGGUUUCAGAACAGCUGGAGACAUUCCAGUGGCACCUUAGUCAGGGAGUGGAGGAUUUUCCUUCAAUCCCAAAGAGCCAGUUGGAGAACGCUACCAGACUGGCCACAGUGGAUAUGAUGGUGCAGCGAUACCUUGACGACGGCACUGUGAAGAUCACACUAGAGAUCCUGAGGGAGAUGGGCCAGAACAAACUGGCUAUUGAGUUAAAGGAGAAGUUGACAAAUGAAUGUCUGAAUGUGCAGCCUCAACACAACAUGAGUGAACAAUGAAUUACAUUCCCAAGGAGGGGAGAGGAAGGGGGUCACAGUUAACUUCGGGGGUUCUGUGCCAUAGUGUGAAACAUUACGAGUUUUUCGAAUGCAGAUCAUGUAAUGUUUACAAAGGACAUCAAACAUUUUCACACCACAUGAAAAGUUAAGGAUGUCUUAUCUAACAAGAUAGGCUAUCUGCAACAUUGUGAAAGUUUAACGGUCUUGAAUGAGCCCCAGGUCUCAGGCAAGGUGACAUCACUGUGAGGCUAAUGUCUACCAGACAACCUACCUGUGUUACUCUGGUACACUGGUUUCAGACUACAAGAUCAGAGACUCUAUUCUUUAUAGUCUCCCAAUAUAAAAAAAUCAUAUUUUUACAUAUCUGUACAUUGAAGAAUUAUCAGGAACAUUGUGAAUGUUUAAUCAUCUUGGUCAGGUCUCAGGCAAGGUGACAUCACUGAGAAUAUAAUCUAUCAACAACUUGAUUGUGCUACUCUGGUGCACUGGCAGCUGACUACAAGAUCAGGGACUGUUUUAAUGUUGUGACACAACAUUUUUUAUAUCUGUACAUAGUACAGAAGUUUAUAUAAUGAUAUU